AUGGGCGCGGCACGGACACAAUAUAGUACUUGCCUCACGCCCUUCGUUCACUUUAUACCCGCAUCAGCCGGCCGGCACCCAUCGCUACCCCACAAUAGACACCGAGGAGGUUUCACGAUGGGCACCAGCCUGUUUAUCUUCAUCACUACAUCUCUAGCCCUGUGUCACGGGUUAAAUAUCCUCGACAGCUGUUUGGACGAGCCGACCGGCUGUCCCGUUAACGCCGUGUGUAAGAAGUUUGGCUGCCGUAACGAAGUGUGUAUCUGUAACGUGGGGUACAAACCCAGCCCGGGGGGCGAUCAGUGUCUCAGAGUCAGAAAUCUCGGAGACCCCUGCGGUGACGUCGACAGCGUCUGUGCUGCCGGCUCCUGCGUCAGCAACACCUGUACUUGUGACAUUGGAACGUACGCCUCCGUCAGCGGGACCCGCUGCAAGCCGGAACCCCUGGCCGGGAGACUCUACUCUGUUUUGGGUGAAACCUGCAACGGCGUGGACAUUGUCUGCCUCGACGCUUUGUUCCAGGAAUGUGGCGCUCAACAGCAGUGUGUGUGUCGUGCGGGGAACAAGGUCACCACUUACGACAUCCUCGCUGCGCUGCCCUCCGCAGGGGAAUGUGUUCCUGACAACCUAGAAAUAGGAAUAAGCAUCGACGACGCCAACUGUGCGGAAACACCACAAAGAGCGAAUGUUUUGGUGGGCGACACGUGCUUGUUGGACACCGAGUGUACAGGCAAUGCAACGUGUGAAACGGUUGGUUGUGGGAAGAAAUGCACGUGUCCCCCAAACACGUCCGCAACGUUAGACAAGACAGCGUGUAAGGAUGUACGUUAUUUGGGAGACGACUGCGACUCUGGAGCCACGGUGUGCGCCACCCUUCACAGCAUCUGCUACAACAACAAGUGCGCCUGCGAAGGCGGGUACGAGGACACUGGGACGGGGCUUUGUAGGGAGGAGUCCAUGGCCCCCGGCUGUACCUAUACGCCACUAUCAACGAGACCUGUGGGGGCAUCACGGAGUGCGAGGGGAGACUGGUUUGUAGUACGGAGAGCAAGUGUGAGUGCAAGACCAACUACAGAGAAGCCAGCACGGACGAGCGUCUGCAGUACAGUCUCAAUACUUACUGCAUCCACAGUUCAUUUCAAGUCAGUUUUACCGACGAAGAGUUCGAUGAUAUAUGUGUACAGAAGCCGCUGGCACCAUCAAGUUCUGUGGCUCCAUCCACUUCUGCAGUACCAUCUAGUUCUGGACUGCCGUCCAGUUCUGUAG